CUCCUAAUCGCACUCAGCAGCUGGGACAGCACAAAGCAGCAGGGCCCAGCAACAACACAGCCGGCACAGGGCCCCGGGGCCCCCCACCGAACAAGGGACACAGGGCAGAAUCUGCAGGAUGUGAUGAGGAGGAGCCCCCGACAGACUGGGACAAGCUGAUCCGGAGACGGUGAUGUCUUGAGGAUGGAGCCGCAGGAACAAUACCGAGAGUAUCAGAGGUUAGAAGACUUUGAGGAGGAUUCGCCCCCGGGGGAGGAGGACCUACUGGUGCACGUCCCAGAAGCCGUCAAAGACUCCUGGCAUCACAUUAAGAACUUGGAUAACUUCUUCACCAAGAUCUACCACUUCCACCAGAAGAAUGGCUUCACCUGCAUGGUGCUCUCCGACUUCUUCGAACUUGUCCAGUUCCUGUUCGUCGUCACGUUCACCACCUUCCUCUUCCGCUGUGUGGAAUAUGACGUCCUCUUUGCCAAUAAACCCGUCAACCACACGCACUCAGGGGUCAGUCCUGACCGAAACAAGGUGACCCUGGCCGACGCCAUUCUGCCUGCCCAGCAGUGCGCCCUCAGGAUCCAGGAGAGCGGUUGGAUCAUUUUCCUGCUGGUCAUGGCGGCCAUAUUUUGGCUUUACCGUCUCGUCAAGAUGUUCUGUAAUCUGCUGAGUUACUGGGAGAUCCGAAAGUUCUACGUCCGAGCCCUAAAAAUCCCCUCGGACGAGUUGUGUAACUUCUCCUGGCAGGAGGUCCAGGCUCGUCUCAUCUCGCUGCAGAAAGAGCAGCCCAUGUGCGUUCACAAGAAGGAGCUGACCGAGCUGGACAUCUACCACCGCAUCCUGCGCUUCAAGAACUACAUGGUGGCCAUGAUCAACAAAAGCCUCCUGCCUGUUCGCUUCUGCCUCCCUCUGGUCGGGGAGGUCACGUUCCUCAGCCAGGGCCUCAAGUACAACCUGGAGCUUCUCUUCUUCUGGGGCCCGGGGUCUCUCUUCCAGAACAAAUGGAGCCUUCAGCCAAAGUACAAGCGUCCAGGGCAGAGGCUGGAGCUCGCCCAGGAGCUGAGCCGCACCAUCCUCCUCCUCGGACUGGCCAACCUCUUUCUGUGCCCCUUCAUACUGGUCUGGCAGAUCCUCUAUGCCUUUUUUAGCUACACUGAAGUCAUUAAGAGGGAGCCGGGCAGCCUGGGCGCCAGGCGGUGGUCGCUCUACGGCCGACUCUACCUGCGGCAUUUUAACGAGCUGACGCACGAGCUCCAGACGCGGCUGAGCCGCGGUUAUAAGCCGGCUACAAAGUACAUGAACUCCUUCGCUUCACCGCUGCUGGCCAUUGCCGCCAAGAACCUGGGCUUUUUCGCGGGGUCCCUGCUGGCCGUCCUCAUUGCGCUGACUGUGUACGAUGAAGAUGUGCUGACCGUCCAGCACAUACUGACCGCCAUUACCGUCCUCGGGGUGCUGGUGACUGUAGCCAGGUCGUUUAUCCCCGACGAACACAUGGUGUGGUGCCCGGAGCAGCUGCUGCAGUGUGUCCUCGCCCAUAUACACUACAUGCCGGACCACUGGCAGGGGCACGCCCACAAGCUGGAAACCCGCGAUGAGUUGGCACAGCUCUUCCAGUACAAGGCGGUCUUCAUCCUAGAAGAGCUCCUCAGCCCGAUCAUCACCCCGUUCAUCCUGAUCUUCUCCCUGCGUCACAAGUCCCUGGAGAUCAUCGACUUCUUCCGGAACUUUUCUGUGGAGGUCGUGGGGGUCGGGGAUAUCUGCUCUUUUGCUCAGAUGGACAUCAGAAAACAUGGAAACCCACAGUGGAUGUCGGAGGGGCAGACUCAGGCCUCCGUGUACCAGCAGGCGGAGAACGGGAAGACAGAGUUGUCCUUGAUGCAUUUUGCGAUCACGAACCCGCAGUGGCACCCCCCGCUGGAGAGCUCCGUGUUCAUUGGCCACGUUAAAGAGAAGGUUCACCAAGACGCUGCCAAUGCCCCCCCUGCCCAGCAGAUUCUGUGUGAGGCCCCCAUCUGCAGCUCCAUCUUGUCUAACGAGUCUGGGACCGCGCCUGAUAAUUUGCUGGCCAGUGUCCUGGUACAUCCGGUCUUGACCGCCAGCGGGUUACCCACCCGAGACCGCCGCUUUGCCCAGCCCACCACUACUGCAUCUGCUGCGGCAAGUGUCCUGGCAUCUCUGUCCGCCUCGCAGAUCUCCGGCCGACCACAUGGGAUGCACUCUAAUACUUCUCUGUACAACAGCGACCGGACUGUCCUGCAGCAGAGCGUCAUGUCUCCCAGCGACUCCGAGAUCCAGAGCAUCUCUCGCUCGUCCCUGCUGGCUUUAGAGUUUGCAUCUGCUGAGAUGAGCCUCCAUGCAAUUUACAUGCAUGAGGUGCAUCAGAAUCAAGGCUCGUCACAGCGCCCCCUAGGGAUGUGGCAGGCAGCAGACAUGUCACCGCAUCAAAGACAACCCCCAGGCAGUUGGUCCGAUCAUCGGUCCGGGUAUCGGGGUCUCCGUCUCGGUGGCUGGGUGGAGGAACAGGAGAUAGAAGAAAGGACCCCUCUACAGGCGGCAUCAGCAGGACACAGCACAAGCAGCAGUGCAAGCAGCUAGCACACAGGACUCCUGUCCCUGUUGACAUUUGUACCUGGGCUGCAGUAUUGGGGUCCCCUUCCCCCCGCCGUCAGUGAUUUCAGAAGAUAUUGGUGUGUGCUUGGCCGGGGGGACGUUUUGUGAUACUCGCUGUACUCUAAGGGGUCCUGUGUGCACCUCCUCCCCUUUAAAGGGGCAGCGUCUGUAUUUGUCAGUGACUUGAAUAAGCUACUCGCCGCGUGUAUCCGGAGAUUUCUUAGUGUUAUUAUCUAUUGUCCCCGAGAACCUCAACCCCCAGGACGUGGCCCUUCAGAGCCUCCCGCCCACUGCUUUGUGGGAACCUCCUGCUGCUUUGCGAUGAUUUCGCCACCUACCACCACCAUCAUUGCCAUAACACUACCCCUCAUUGAAGGUGUGCAGAGCACCCCGCCAUCAACGACGACAUCACGGCUGCUGCUAAAUCUCAAUGGCGGACGCCAGGACGUGCGUUUCAGAAGUGCCUUUCGUACCGGGGUGGGGAGCUGCCUGUCGACGGCAGAGGAACUGCAUUCAUAUCUCAGCAAUGCUGCGCCAAACACAUUUCACAUGCUGCUCUAGGGGGCGCCAUCACGUGCUCAAUGGACACUAUGAAGAACAGCACCCACAGACCGAGCCAUGGUGUCCAUAUUCACUACAGAUGGACGUGAUCCUCCUCUUUCUGAAUGUUUGUUGUUUUUUUUGUUAAAAGGGGUCUCCACGAAGCCACGCGGUGGCCGACCCCCGCCUCCACGGACUCUGCGCCGCCUGCCUAUUUGAGAAACAUGUACAUUUUAUCUCCUCAGGACUUAAAGGUACAAACUUCAGUACAGGAUCCGGAGCGUCCUGUAAUAACACUAUUAUACUACGCCCCUGGGGGGGGGGUCACUGCUGCUCAGGAAGAGAGGUGUGCGGAGGGAAAUGGCUGCAGGUGACGCACUCUGUAAUCUGCCCCGUACAGUGUCGUGGACGUGGUGACCAUCCUCUGUGAGGCUGGAGCCCCGCUCAGAGCAUUGGUGCUUUAGGGGAUAUUUGAUGCACUGGGUCUGCUCCAUCUGUAUAUAGCAAGUGACUACAUCCAUAUCCUCCAUGCUGUGUGCACUCACCUCAGAAAGGGUCCUGUCCCCAUCUGCUAACAGUGCCAAGCUGUGCCCAUCGACGAGGAGGCGGCUUUGUGCCCAGCGGAGCUGACCUUUCCCCCCCCCAACCUCAUGCACUGCAGAUGCAGGCUAUGGCAUGGCUCAUUUUGCAAUAAAUGUUUACAUCCUUGUAGAUAG